AUGAGUGACAAAUUGAAUCGCCCCAAGGUAUUUUUUGAUAUUUCCGCUGACGGAAAGCCCAAAGGACGUGUUGUAUUUGAAUUAUAUAACGAUGUAGUUCCAAAGACGGCUGAGAAUUUCAGAGCAUUAUGUACUGGAGAAAAGGGAGCAUCAGAGAGCUCAGGGAAACAACUCCAUUAUAAAGGAUCUAUUUUCCACCGUAUUAUUAAAGAUUUUAUGUGCCAAGGUGGUGAUUUCACCCACGGAUCAGGAAUUGGGGGUGAAUCAAUCUACGGAGAGAAAUUUGAAGAUGAGAACUUCCAAUUGACCCAUGACAAGCCAUUCUUGUUAUCUAUGGCCAAUGCGGGCGCAAAUACAAACGGGUCUCAAUUUUUCAUUACAACCGUGCCAACUCCUCAUUUGAACGGUAAGCAUGUGGUAUUUGGUGAAGUGAUUCAAGGAAAGUCUAUUGUGCGUCAGCUUGAAAGAUGCGACAAGGGCGAAAACGAUAAGCCUGUCGAAGAUUGGAUAAUCUCUGACUGUGGUGAAUUGCCAUCCGACUAUGUGCCAGUUCCGACAAGUGUUGAUGACGGCACUGGUGACAUCUACGAAGAAGUUAUGGCAGAUGAUGACAAUAUUAAUGUCAACGACCCAGAAUCCGUUUUUAAGGCCGUUACCACUUUGAAGGACAUUGGUACCAAACAAUUGAAGGACGGAAAUGUCGCAGCUGCAUACGAGAAGUACAACAAGGCUUCGGGCUUUUUGAACGAUUACUUCCCUGAAGACUUGUCCGAAGAAAACUUGUCUAAAUUGCACGCCUUAAAGUUGUCAUGUUACUUGAAUGCUGCUUUGGUCGCUUUAAAAUUGAAGGACGGCAAGAAAACUAUCAACGCCGCAUCGAACGCCUUAGAAGUUGAAGCCAUUGACGAUAAAUCCAAAACUAAGGCCUUGUACCGUAAGGGUAUGGGCUAUUUACUUGCGAAGGACGAAGAAUCGGCACAAAAAUCUUUAGAGGAAGCCUUACAAUUAUCUCCUGAAGAUGGCGCUAUCAUAAAGGGUUUACAAGACGUUAAGACCACCAUUAAGGCUCGUCGUGAUAAACAAAAGAAAGCUAUGUCCAAGUUCUUCUCUUAA